AUAGAUGUGUAUUUGUGUCGAUUGUGUGCAUCUUGGUAGAUAUUUAACGGAAUGUGUUUCCUGCAGCAAGCAACCACGGCCAUUAUUUCCUUCUUUCUUAACCUCCUCUUCCUUCCGCUAACGGUGGUUAUGACCAGUGCGAGGCAAGGUAGCUUGUUUUGGUGUUUUUCAGUACCAAGUUUAUAAGGGAAUACAUCGAGGAAAUCAUCGGGACUUGUGCAAGUGUUUUGGUAAGAGCUCGUUUCACCUUCGGGCGCAUGUCUACGUUGUGGAGAACACUGUUUAUUCUCCGUGCAAGCGAAUCUUCCUACUGAGUAGUCUGCAAUCACAGCCACUCAACUUUCGUCUGCUGUUCCUCGUAACAUGGCAUAGGCAUCAUGAGUGUGAGCACUAUGAGUACGGGCUCGUUGGAUAUGGUGGUCCCCGAGCCUGCAAUUGUUAAUGAGGGUUGGCUCAACAAGAGAGGCGAACAUAUCAAGAACUGGAGGAAGCGUUACUUUGUUCUUCGUGAGGAUGGAACUUUAAUCGGCUUCAAGACAAAGCCAGAACAUGGCUAUGCCGACCCUCUCAACAACUUCACCGUUAAAGGUUGCCAGCUGAUGAAGUCUGACCGACCAAAGCCGUUCACCUUCAUCAUUCGUGGUCUACAGUGGACCACAGUUAUUGAAAGAAUGUUUUGUGUCGACAGCGAGGAAGAGAGGGAAGAGUGGAUGCAGGCAAUUCAGUAUGUGUCAGACAAGCUACAGGAAGGGGAUUCUGAGCAAGAUGUUGAAAUGGCUGAGCCACGAGAUGAAAUGCGCGACAAGUUCAAUGUCUCCACACGAACAUACACUUCAAGGGGCAAUCGUAUUAGCCUGGACAACUUUGAGUUCCUGAAGGUACUAGGAAAGGGUACAUUUGGCAAGGUCAUACUCUGCAGGGAGAAAGCUACCGGUGCUUUGUAUGCUAUCAAGAUCCUGAAGAAAAAAGUGGUAAUCGAUAAAGAUGAAGUGGCACAUACUCUGACCGAAAACCGUGUCCUUAGAAGCACGAGCCACCCUUUUCUCAUUUCCCUUCGCUACUCUUUCCAAACUGCCGAUCGUCUGUGCUUCGUCAUGGAAUACGUGAAUGGAGGAGAGCUGUUCUUCCACCUCUCUCGAGAACGUGUCUUCUCGGAGGAACGAACCCGCUUCUACGGUGCUGAAAUCCUGCUCGCACUCGAUUAUCUGCACAGCCAGGGCAUCAUCUACAGAGAUCUUAAGCUGGAGAACCUCCUCUUGGACAAGGAUGGCCAUGUCAAGAUUGCAGACUUUGGCCUCUGCAAGGAGGACAUCUCCUUUGGGGCGACUACAAAGACAUUCUGCGGUACGCCGGAGUACCUAGCUCCAGAAGUGCUGGAAGACACGGAUUAUGGUCGUGCUGUUGACUGGUGGGGUCUUGGGGUGGUGAUGUACGAAAUGAUGUGCGGUCGCCUCCCUUUCUAUAACCGGGACCACGACAUCCUGUUUGAGCUUAUCCUCGUGGAGGAAGUGAAGUUUCCGAAAAGCUUGAGCCCGGAGGCACGGGAUCUUCUGGCGGGGCUUCUGGUGAAAGAUCCCAAGAGGCGUUUGGGUGGAGGGGUGGCCGACGCUCAGGACAUUAUGGCACACCCGUUUUUCCGGCCCAUCAACUGGAAAGACUUGGGCGAGAAAAAGGUGACGCCACCUUUCAAGCCCCAGGUAACUUCCGACGUGGACACCCGCUAUUUCGACCAAGAAUUUACUGGUGAAACGGUGGAGCUAACACCACCCGAGGCUGGGCCUCUGAACUCGAUCACAGAAGAAUCGGAGCAGCCCUACUUCCAGCAGUUCUCCUACCACGGUAGUACAGGUACACUAGGGGGCCGAGGAGCAGACCAGGCUGUGGCCUCUUGAGAAUGGCUGCAAUUCAGGAACCAGCAUGUGUGUGAUAGAACAAAGACCUGUGACCCUUGUCGAUGUCUCCUCUAUCGGAUGUGUACUUUGGAAGCUUCAGCAUUUGCUUUGUGAAGGACGUCUUGGUGCCCAUGUCUUGGGAGUGCACACAACUGAUUAUGCAGUCUCACUGCCAUAAGAGGAACAUGCGCAUGACAGUGCUGUGCGGAAAAGUUUCACUGACCGGGUGCUAUGCUCUGCAGCAGUGCUGUGCUGCAGUAUUCUACACGAGUGCUCAGGAUGAUAGUGGGCUGUCCUAGUGGAGUCCUUGUUGCGUUUCUCUUGUUUGUCACAAGCUUAAAACUGCCUCUCUUUUUUUUUCUCGGAGUGCUCGAGUGACUUUCUGUUGAGCCUAUGUGCAUAAUAUCCCUAUUACUUCUCCCUCAGCAUUUGGUAAAUGGCAACUAGGAAGAGCCCGAGAGUUGCGGGAAAAUUGUGGUUCGACCAGUGUUCCUUCUCUGAGAUGUGUACUUGAACCUUUUCAGAUCCAGUCUGAUAGCUUGAGACGCUUGUGCUUGCUGGUGAGCAACAAUCAUGUAAAUACAGGUGACACGAAUAAAUCCUAACAAUCCACAUGGAUGGGUUGUUGUUGCUUUCA